AAUGAGUGAUGAUAAUAUGUAGAAUUUGUUGAACAAAAAACAAACUUUUGAAUCAAAAUAUGAAGUAUGAAUGUGAAUUACAAAGGAAAUUGUAGCAUUAACAUUACGAAUCAAUUAAUUGUAAGAUUCAGUCUAAAGAAAUCUUGAUUUGGAUGACGAGCAUAUGACAUUAAUCCAAUUAUAGAGAGAUUAGUCGUAAAUAUAGAUCAUAAACUAUAUUUAGUAAGAAACUAUUAGAGACAAUACAAACUAUGAUAAAUGAACUUGAUAAAAAUGCUAAAGGUUUCGAAUAAAAAAAAUAAGUUAAGAAUGCUAAACAAUAGUUAUCGAAAUAAAAAGAUCGAUAUUAAUAGCUAUCAAAAGAAUUAAAUAAAUUAUCAUUCACUUAGACUGAGCAAAUUAAUAAUAAAGUUUAACAACAGCAUUAGAAUUUUGAAAAGUAGGAAUAACAAUAUAGUUCGGAAGCUUUAGAUUUAGAACAUUAAAUGAUCAAAGAAAGAUAAGAAGACAUUAAUCAUAUUGAAAAACAAUCAUUAACUUUAUAAAAACUAAUGAAUGAAUUGGGAUUAAAAGUUAAUGAUUAGGGUAGGUAAACUGUGUAAUUUAAGAUUAGUAACUUGAUUUGAUUGUUCAUGAUCUGUAAUCAACAAAAUCAAAUGUCCAAAAUGCUAAUUAAGAGAUUAGAUAAGCAGCUGAAAGUUAAAAAUAAUCAAGAUCAAAAUAUUAUAUUAUGUUAUUUAUUGCUUCAAUAUUAUUGUUAGGAACAUUGGGGGCAUUAUUAAUUUCUUGA